AUGACUACGCUGCUGAUUGACAACUACGACUCUUUUACUUGGAACGUAUAUCAACUGUUGUCAGAACUUGGAGCCAAUGUCAAAGUGGUUCGCAAUGACCUCAUUACCAUUGACGAGGCCAUUCGUUUAAACCCGAGAAAUGUUGUUAUUUCUCCUGGGCCAGGUCAUCCUUCUACUGCUGGCAUAUCAAACGAUAUUAUUCGACAUUUUGCUGGACUGAUUCCUAUUCUUGGAGUAUGUCUGGGUGAACAGUGCAUAUAUGAAAUAUACGGCGGGACUGUUUCUCGUGUUGGAGAACUCGUUCAUGGUAAAACCACUCAAGUCAUGCAUGAUGGCUUGUAUUUAUACGAUGGAGUUCCUCAGAAUAUUGAAUGCACUCGCUAUCACUCACUUGCUGGCACUCUCGAUACUCUUCCAGAUGUUCUCACCAUCACUGCUCGUACUGCCAGUGGUGUUAUUAUGGGUGUUCGUCACAACGAUCUGGUCAUGGAAGGUGUCCAAUUCCAUCCCGAAUCCAUCGCCAGUGAAUCGGGUCGUAAGCUGUUUGCCAACUUCCUGUCCUGGGAAGGCGGUCAUUGGUCUUCUCUUAAAAUCAAGGCACACUUGGUCAACUACGAUGAGGCUACCGAGCUAAACCGUGUUGCUUCUGCCGCUUCGUAUCCUGGCGUUGGCAAUGGCAUUCCUCUAUCUGCCAUCACCAAGCUUAAUUCUACUUCUAAAUCUGUCACCACCACAGCUACUGGCCCAUCUGAGAAUAUUCUUGAAAAGAUCACUCGACAGAGAAAACGGGAUGUUGUUGCUGAUAUGACCAAACCUGGAUGUUCAUUCCUUCAUCUUCAACGCUCCAUUGCUCUUGGCUUGGCUCCUAUUGCCAUCAACUUCAAAGACCGACUUGUUCAAAACGAUCAAGGUCAGGUUGCUGUUCUUGCUGAAAUCAAAAGAGCUUCUCCGUCCAAAGGUGAUAUCUGUCCAUCUGCUCAUGCUGCAACCAUUGCUCAAACAUAUGCUGUUAGUGGUGCAUCUGCCAUCUCUGUCUUGACUGAACCUACUUGGUUUAAAGGAUCUCUUUCUGACAUGUUACAGGCCAGAUUGGCUGUUCAACAUAUCACCAAUCGUCCUGCUAUUUUGUGCAAAGAUUUUAUUAUCGAUCGCUACCAGAUCUUGCAAGCUCGAUUACAUGGUGCAGAUACACUGCUACUGAUUGUAGCUUGUCUUACUGAUGAUCAGCUUUUGAGUCUUAUGUCAUUUUCUCGUCAACUCGGCAUGGAACCACUGGUUGAAGUUGCUUCGGCAGAAGAAAUGCAGCGUGCAGUAAAGCUGGGAUCGCAAGUCAUUGGGGUCAACAACAGAGAUCUUAAAACAUUUAGUGUAGAUACUUCUCGCACUACUGAACUUGCUAGUAUGGUGCCAUCUGAUGUUGUAUUGAUUGCUCUAAGUGGCAUUACUUGUCGUAGAGAUAUUGAACCUUAUCUUGCUGCUGGUGCUCGUGGCGUGUUGGUUGGAGAGGCUCUUAUGAAGGCAUCCAACAAACACGCAUUCAUUGGAUCUCUUGCUGAUCCAUCUAUUCCUUACUCGGAAUCAUUUCAAUCUGCAUCCAUGGCUCAUUCUCAGCGUGUCAAAAUAUGCGGCAUCACAAAUACAAAGGACGCAAUAGCUGCUGUUGAUGCGGGUGCUGAUUUUUUAGGUCUGAUAUUUGCUUCUUCCUCUGCUCGUCGUGUAGAUGCAACACAGGCAGCUGAAAUUGUAUUGUCUGUACGAAAAGAAACCAACACUCAUCGAUCUGUAACACCAUUCUCUCGAGUAUUGGCUACAUCCUUUCCCACAUAUGCUUCACACACUAUGAAUGCCUCUCCAGAAGCAUGGUUCAUGUCUCGAGCAACUGAUGGUGUUUUGCCUCGUCGUACUCCACUGUUUGUCGGCGUUUUUACCACUCAAAGUGCAUCAGAGAUUCAGUCCAUCGUUGACACAGUUGGCUUGGAUUUGGUUCAGAUGCAUAAUGCUACACCCGAUCCUGAUCUACCCGCUCUCAUAUCUGUUCCUACUAUACAAGUUCUUCAUGUCGAUCCAACUACAACAGGCGAAGCAUUGCUACAGCAAAUUUCGUCAUUUUCUCAUCGUGCGUCUUUUAUUCUACUAGACACUUCUGCGGCUGCUGGCAGUGGAUCUGGUGGCAGUGGUCAGGUAUUUGAUUGGAGCGUGGCGAAAAAAAUCUCGGCCUUGAAAAUUCCCUUUUUUUUGGCUGGUGGACUAUGUUCAAAUAACGUUUCCGAAGCCGUUUCGACUGCACAGCCAUGGUGCGUUGAUGUAUGCUCAGGAGUAGAAAUGGAAGGAAAAAAAGGAAUCAAGGAUGAAUCCUUGAUGCAACUGUUUGUCAAGAAUGCUGCUUUUAGAUGA